AAACUUGAAAAUUAACCAAGAAAUCACAGAAAAGAAGUGGUUUCAGUGUUGACCUCGCAAUGAGAUAGUUUUAAAAUCUUGAUAAACUCUUUAAAUAUGUUAUUUUCACAAAAUAAACAUACAGUUAAGCUAUCAGUGGCAUUAAUUUGCAAAUGAAAAUACGUUAUUAUCAAUAAAUAUAUGCAUUAAUUUGCAAUAAAAAAACUUUUUGCUUAAAAAUAUGCGACCUUAGCAAGGUGAAUAAAAUACAGGAUAAACCCCGCUCCCAUCCAGAGGUCUACUGAAGAUGGUGGUGAAAGACUUUAAUACAUCAUCCCAGGUGUCCCUCUCCAAUAUGGCGGCUUCAUUGUCGUGCCAACCUUUGCUAGAAAUAAACAUUAUCCCAGUCCUAGCUCUGAAAUGCUUUUUAUAGACUGAGUAAACAGAGUUGCUAAGAUUACUGUAGACAGAUUCAAAAUAUUUUAUACGGGUUUAGUCACAACAUCUGGCAGGUGCUGGUUUUAAAAGUCCCAGUGAGACCCGGGAAGCUUGAGUUUGAUGCUAGAACAGCAGGGAAAGGACGCUGCCGACAGUAAGAACUGAAGUCUCCAUUUGUCCGGACCCACUCUCUUCUUCAUGUUCUGUCAGGAAUGUUCAUGUGUGUGUUGUAUUGAUAACAAGGGUGUGUGUUUGUGUGUGACAUGUGAGAGAUCGAUAAUAUGGAGUAAAGCAGCAACGAGAAUGGAAACGCCAUAAAGAACGAGGAGUUGUCAUGGCUGACCCAGACGUUUCAGCACAGAGUGGGGGCUACGACGUGGAGCUGUUUGUAGACCCUCCGGACUACGAUUUGAUCUGCACCAUUUGUCAGGGGGUCCUCAGAUGUCCAGUAAGAAGUGCAUGCCACCAUAUCUUCUGCAAGAAAUGCAUCUUACAGUGGAUGAAAAGGCAGGAGACUUGCCCUUGCUGCAGGAAGCCGGUAAACCCAAGCCUGAUCUUUGUCAUGUUCAAGCUGAGCAAAUCAAUUGGACGCUUGAAAAUAAAGUGUAAAAAUGAGAUCCGUGGCUGUGCAGAGACCUUUUCCCUCUCAGAGCAGUACUGUCACAGCAUGACCUGCCUGUACGAGCUCAUCCCCUGCCCGUACCAGGGCUGCAGGGCGCAGCUCCUGCGCAGGGACAUUGACACCCAUGCGCGCCACUGUGAGCACUGGCGGCAGCCCUGCCCCAUGGGCUGUGGGACAAUACUCACUCACAGCACCCAGACUCAGCACAACUGCUACAAACAGCUGAGGCAGGAGUACGAGGCUAGGCAGAGGAACCACAGGGCCAUCGCCACGGCCCUGCAUAGGAAGAUGAAAAGGAUGCAAAGCACCAUGGCCCACAUGAAGAGGCAAAUAGGGUUAAUAUGUGAGAGCCUGGAGGUAAUGGAUGACCUACCCGAGGUGGAAGAGGAAGUGGACCUUGGAGAGAGCAGCGGCAGUUCCAGUGGGACUUCAAGCAGCAGCAAUUGUUAAGGGAGCAAAUUGCUCUUGUGUUUGUUUUCUUCAGGUGGUGUGCUUAAAAUGAGUGAUUCUUUGGCCCGUUUGUUCUGUAGCCCUAAUUAUUUUUAAAAUAAAUGAUUCAGUAUUAAA